AUGGAGUUUGAUACUAAGACGCCUCUUUACCAGACUUCGGACAAGACAUCAUUUGCGUACAUUUCUGCGCGCGACCGCUGGCCUGUUAUUCUUACAGGUGCCAUUGACGACCUGCACAAGGCAGUAGGCAAGACUGAGGACUCUGAAAAGCAGACAGAGGGCAAAAAUAUUGUUUCUGAGCUCGCCAAGCUCAAGUAUGAGUUGCAGCACGACCGCCAGCUUACACCACUGGCCGACGAUGGACAAGGCGACAUCGAGGGAUAUAACAAGGAACUAGAACAGCUCGACAACCCUAAAUGGUUCAGCGUACCAUGGCUCUACUCUGAGUGCUACCUGUACCGCCGCAUGUCCACUCUCUUCAAGCUCUCCACCCACUGGAAGAACUACGACGUCUUCAACAAGCAAAAGAUGUCUACUUUCCGCUCUUCUCGCCCUGCAGUUUUGGAGCUCGCUUCUCGCUACAACGAACUUACCAAACAACUUUCUUCCAAGUCUGCUUCAUCUCAAUCAGAUGAAGAGCGUGUGGCAGCUGAGAAAAUCCUCUUCACUGAGAUGUGCGAGAUUUGUCUCUGGGGCAAUGCCACAGACCUGUCGCUUCUUACCAACCUAACCUACGAGGAUAUUCAAAAACUGCAGGGCUCCAAGGCAAGAAAAGCAGCAGAGAAGAACAUCAUCGCCAACGAUUUUGACGCAGCCUUUGAACUGCUUCAUGCAGCCAAGAGUCAAGGAACCAAGGAGCGUCGCGUAGACAUUGUCCUCGAUAAUGCAGGCUUUGAACUCUUUGUCGAUGUCAUUCUUGCUGGAUACCUCUUGCAAGCCGGUCUCGCCACCACCGUAGUCCUACACCCCAAGAACAUCCCCUGGUUCGUUUCCGACGUUGUGCCCAAGGAUUUCUCAGACCUCUUGACUGUCUUGGUCAACGCAAAGGACUUUUACGAGUCUCCCUCUGAAGACGACGAAGCCAAGGGUAUCACACCAGCCAAACUUUCUGAGCAGGAAGCAAGCGAUUUGCAACAGUUGUUCCAGAACUGGAGUGAAUUGUAUGCAGAGGGAAAGAUUGUGCUUCGUCCCAACAGAUUCUGGACUGAAGCAGGCAGUUACUGGAGACUUCCUGGUACUGCAGAAGCACUGUUUGAGGAUCUCAAGACUAGCGAAUUGGUUAUUUUCAAGGGUGAUUUGAAUUACCGCAAGUUGACUGGUGAUGCAGCAUGGGACCCCACAACCCCCUUCACCACCGCCAUCGGGCCUCUAGGUCCUGGCUCAGGAAUGCGCACCCUCGCCCUGCGCACCUGCAAAGCCGACGUAGUAGUCGGACUCCCCCAAGGCGAAGACGAACGUCUCCGUGCCACAGAAAACGGCGGUGGAGAUAGUGGUGCCCGUAAAUGGGCUUGGAGUGGCAAGUAUGCUGUUGUGCAGCUGUGCGAUGGCAAGAAGAAGUAG